CUAACAUCGGCGUGCUGACUCUCAUUUGCUCUUCAUCACCUGUCCUUGUCUUUCUAAUUGAAUAUCAAAUAGUCUUGUUAUUAUUUCACGUUCUCCUUUACUGUUGUUACCAGUGAUGAACGUGGUCUCCUGGCGUUCAGUCUAAACCAUUUUAGGCAACGCAAUCUACGAAAGUGUUCCAAUCACGUGUCCGACACGCGCCUCAUCCCGCGGCCGUUUAUCAAUGCCUCUCUAACGUCGUAAACUGAUUUAUUGGACGCUAUUAAUCGCCAUGUGUUCGCUCAACAGCCAUGCCACGGUGCCGGUGAUGAUAACGGUGCGGUAAGCGACGCGAUAAGCGCGUUCGAUCGAAUAUCCAGCGACCGAGCGCGUCGGUUUCGCAGAAAUCCCGGUGCAAUCUCCGUGCUAUUGACUGCGGCGACGAUCGAUGAUUGGCAAUUGAGGAUCUUGUGGGUGGCGGUUUGUUCGUAGACAUGAUGAAAAGAGCCACGCAGACCAAACAAUUUGCUGAGUUGGAUCACGCGGUGAGAACAAAGGUCGAGCCCUACUUAUACAACAAGGGAAAGGGCAAGUGGAUACCUAUAGAUAAACUGGUUCUGCUACGAAAUAAGGACCGUCCGCGGCAUAGAAUGCUGCCACCUUUAAAAGCCAUGGAAAAUCCGGCGGAUUAUGACAUAGAUAAAGAUAUGGGCGACGAAGACGUUGACGAGACUAAAAUAGACAAAAGCAAGUACAGAUUGGUCUGCUGGAGCCUGAGUGAGAGAGGCGCUGUUGGUGAGACUAUCUUGCAUCUGUGCAUGUUAAACGCCACUGCUCUGCAUGCGGAUCUGGCAAAACGAUUGCUGCGCUUUUAUCCGAACCUCAUAAACGACAUUUACAUAAGCGACGAAUAUUACGGAGAAAACGUACUACACAUCGCGAUCGUAAACGAGGACCCGGCGAUGGUGAAGUAUCUCCUCGACAGCGGUGCGGACGUUCACGAGAGAUGUUUUGGUAACUUCAUGUGUCCAGAGGAUCAGAAAGCAUCGAGAUUAGACAGCCUGGAUCACGAGUGGGUAACCGUAUCACCGGAAACUAAUUACAGCGGAUACGUGUACUGGGGAGAGUAUCCGUUGAGCUUCGCCGCGUGUUUGGGCCAGGAGGAGUGUUACAGGCUUAUGCUCGCCAGAGGCGCGGAUCCUGACAAGCAGGACACGAACGGCAACACGGUCUUGCAUAUGCUAGUGAUAUACGAAAAAAUAGCUACAUUCGACAUGGCGUAUGAGGUGGGAGCUUCGCUUGCCAUAAGAAACGCUCAACACCUGACUCCGCUGACUUUGGCAGCAAAGUUGGCUAGAAUCGAGAUGUUUUUUCAUAUUUUGAACAUCGAGAGAGAAAUAUACUGGCAGAUCGGUAGCAUAACUUGCGCAGCUUAUCCGCUGUCGCAAAUAGACACGAUCGACCUUAAUACGGGGACUAUCAACAAAAACUCCGCCCUAAAUUUAGUUGUUUUUGGGGAAAAAGAUGAGCAUUUAGAGUUGUUGGACGGUACGUUAGUUGAUCUUCUGAACGCCAAGUGGAACACUUUCGUGAAGUCUCGAUUCUACCGUCAGUUCUUCCUCUUCUACUUCUACUUCGUGAUAUCGCUGAUCAGUUUCACUCUUCGUCCUGGCCCGUCGAUGCAAGAGACCGAAAACGCGAACGACACGAGGACGAAUUCGUCGAACAUGACGACGGUAGAGUUGGCGAUUGUCAAGUCGCUCCAAAGCUCGGACUUGUCGGACUUGGUUACGAACAGCUUCGCCGCGGCUUUCACCUCGAACCUCAAGUCGUCCUUAAACGUGACGCAAGAGUCAUUAGAGAAGAUACAGUUGCAGGUGACGUCGAAUAUUACGUUGGCUCUGAGGAGCAUUUUGCUUUUAACGCUGAACGACAACGAGGCCAUCCUGAGUGCCCCUGACGAGGCCGCCUUUCGUACGCUGUGGUAUACUAGUAAUCCUCAAAACGAGUCGGACUACUUGACAGAUGCGUACAACGAAAAUGUCAUGAGUGAUGCAAACUCAACCAUAGAAACGACCAUCGACAGCAUUGAGCUAAUGAAAUCGAACGAUUGGUGGAAAGACCUCACGGAGGAAUGCAGACUGAUGCAACUGACAACGAUAAGUGCAAAGAUUCGGCUGACUGCGGAAGUAGUGAUGGAGAUCGCCGCGGUGCUUUACAUCAUGGCUGCGCUGCGGGAGGCGAGAUUUUUAGGUCUCAACAUGUUCGUCGAGAAUUUAAUGACGGCGCCGUCGCGCGUUAUGUUCCUUUUCUCGUGCUGCAUUUUACUCUCGUUUCCGUUUCUGAGAUUAGCCUGCGCUGACGAAGUCGAAGACAAGCUGGCGGUCGUGGUGAUGCUGACGACUGCGCCGUAUUUCUUAUUCUUCUGCAGAGGCUUCAAGACGGUCGGUCCGUUCGUCGUGAUGAUUUACAGGAUGAUCACGGGCGAUCUCCUGAGAUUCGUCUCCAUUUAUCUCGUUUUCGUCAUGGGCUUCUCUCAAGCGUACUACAUUAUAUUUCUGUCGUUUGACAACCCGAACACUCCGGAAGGCGUCGACGACUCUGUGUCGAAUCCGAUGCCGUCGCCGAUGGAAAGCGUGAUGGCGAUGUUCCUGAUGAGCAUGACGAACUUCGGCGAUUACUACGGCGCGUUCGAGAGAACCGAGCACGAGUUUGAGGCUAAGCUGCUGUUUGUGUUGUACAUGGUGAUCGUGGCGAUCCUGCUCGUAAACAUGCUAAUUGCUAUGAUGGGCAACACUUACCAGAAGAUUGCCGAGACCAGAAAUGAAUGGCAAAGACAAUGGGCGCGCAUAGUUUUGGUCGUGGAGAGAGGAGUCAGUCCCGCCGAAAGACUGAAGAAGCUGAUGGACUAUUCUCAGCCGAUGGCGGGUGAUCGCCGAGCGCUGGUUCUUCGAUUAAAUCAAAGUGAGGAGGACAAGGAGGAUAUGAAGGAGAUACUCGAGAUGAAGAGAACCCACGACAGACUGCUGAAGAAAAGACUAGGAAGAAUGUCAAAGGAGAAAGUUCUAGCCGAAACCGAAGCUAUUAUCGCCAGAAAUUAAAUAAAGCAAUAAAUUCUGGCAUA